AUUUAGUGCGGAAUCACUAUCAAUCAAUCGAAGCUUAUUCGCAGACCACGUAUCAGUUGCACUACAAGCAGUUAGAUCGUUUUCGGAUGAAUCUGCCAGAUGGAAAUACGACGGCGCCUACCGCGAUUGUUGGACAGCCGAACGAAAACAAGGCUGUAACUAUCCCGAUCGGAAGUGUCAUUAGAGUGUUGGGGUUUACAGCGGUUGGAGUUGGUUCCAAAGUACUAAUACAUGCUAUUGGUAGAAAAGCUUUAAACGCCGGUUGUAUCCGUCUGGCAGUGAGCGCUUUUCGUGUAGCUGAUACAGUACUUCCAUCGAGAGUUUGGAUGUCGGCAGCCGUUUUCACUGGAACUUGGGUUAGCAACUACAUUGCCUCAGGUUGGGUUCCACCACUUAUGAUGGCACUAUUGUCGUACGAUGCAUAUAAGCUCGGUUGUAUAGCUUACGACUCGUAUGAAAAAUCAAAGACGGAAAACAGUGAUCCAAGCUCAGAGCAAGGUACGUCUGAAGGGAAUGAAAUAGAAUGAAUUUAUUCUUUAAAAAUUAUGUAACUUGAAAAAAUAUAUUUAUCUUAUAAAUAUAAUCGUGUGACUAACAAAA